ACGGAGUCGAUAUGGACCAUUUGAUUUUUGUCAACUCAGCGGCGAUCCAAAGUCGAGACGCUGUUCCACAUACAAAUCGAGAAAUGUCAGCACGUGAUUGGCCGACGUAGCAGCUGAUCGCCGUGCCCGAGCCCCGAAGACGGUGUUCCCGUGGCUGUCCGUAGCAGGUAGUAAUCAGUCCUCAACGUGAAUGAAUCAGACGUACACGCGGCGUUGUGUUAUGAGUUGAUAAAUAGAUCCCCGUAUUUAUUAUGGUGUAUAAAGUGGGUGAAAAUACCGUGGAACAAUAUGUUCGUCAAGUUUUACAGAGCGCUUCUGACCCUCCUGCAUAUUUCUUACGCGUUUAUUACCCUCCUGCGGAAGGCGUGGACGGACGCGGCUCAACUUGAACUAUUUAACCUCAGUAGAAGCAAAGUCCUUACGGACGCCGAUUACCUCGUACGUUGCGUUCGGAGGGUCGAUCAGACCCGCCUCCCGAAGCAUCUUGUCCUGAUUCUAGGACGCGAACGAGCCUCGCUUCGCGAUAUUGUCCGCGUUAUCGCGUGGUCGGCAACCGCCGGCAUACCUUGCGUCAGUUUCUACGAUUACGAUGGUAUACUGCGAAAGAACGAAGAGGAAGCCAGGAGGGCGCUGGCUAAAUUCAAACCCGAGCUGGUCGAUCAUGUCAACUGGAAUUCGACGUGUCCAGUGAAAGCCGUUAAGAACGGUGUCAAUGGUGUGAAGCACAAAUUGCAAGUGCAGCUAUUGUCCUACACAGAUGGAAAAAGGGAAGUGGCACUACUCACACAAUCGUUGGGAAAGGGGGUAAUCACUGGAGCACUGAAGUUGGAAGAAAUCAAUUCUGACCUUCUUGAGAACAAGCUACAACUCGGGGGACUCCCUGAUCCCGAUCUAGCUGUUGUUUGUGGAAAAACGUAUAGCACGUAUGGUCUACUUCCAUGGCACAUAAGGACCACGGAAUUCCUCCUAUUGGAGAGUCAUCACAAUAUACGAGUCAAUGAUUUUGUCAACCUAUUGGAGAAGUACGCAAAAUGCGAACAGCGGUACGGGAAGUGAUGAAAAAUUGCUAGGAUCUUAAAUUUUAACACGUCGUAUCAUAUGGCUGUCAAGAAAAUUCAACCCGGUCAAUCGUCACAGGUUGUUGUAUCUAUACAUACGAAUAUAGGGGGAUUCAUACUUCGUGCUGAACUAACCAUGGAUCAAAAGACUGAAAAGAGGAAGUUAAUGGGACAUAUAGGUAACACUUGUUUAGUGCAAAUAUACAAAUAUCUACGUAGUAUGUACAGCCAGGUGUACUAUUGUUUUUUUUUUCUUGAUUCUAUGAUAUUCCGAGCCCCGGUGAAUAGAGAAGGACAACUUCUACAAGCAAGAAUGUAAUUAUUUGUCCCACGUGUAUGUAUAACAUUUCGCAGUUCGUUGGUUUUAAAAAAAAUAAAAGGGAACAACUAUUCCUUACAUCUCUCAACUUACGUGACAACCUGUAUUGCUGAACAUAUUUACUUACUUAUAUGUUAGAAUAUGAACAAAUAGUAAAAAUUUUGGCAGACAAUCGGUAAACAUUUAAACAUUUGCAAUCACUGUACAAGAUGUCCUUCUUCGAGUCUGCUUCAAUGCACCGUUCUCGUGCUGACAAUUUUGUUAUCGGGAGUAGUAAUUUCUUAUGCUGAAGUAUAGAAGGUAUUUAUACGAGGUUAAAUUAAUCUAAAUUAAUAAUCAAUAGAUGCGUAUGAAAUUAAGGAAAUAUUGGAUGAAUUUUAAGUGUUAUUUGCAUACGUACACUGAUAAUUAAACUGAUGUUUAAUAUAACACCAGCCAUCUAUGCUUUUUUAACAACCAGGAAUAAAUUCAUCUAACUGUAAUGUAUUUUUGUUCAAAUGGUACAAUGGAGCAAUUUUUAUUAUUAUUGAAAUUUUAUUUUCACGAAUGAAAUUUGUCACGUAUAAGUAUAAAACAAGCUUCAGCGCGAUGUCCGACACUUGAAAAUAUUCCAAUAUUUUGUAGCAAUUAAAAAGGUGAAGAAUAAAUUAUGGAGCAGUAUGGGAAAUAUUGAUCUAGCGCGAAAAAUUAUUGCGUAAAAUUUCUAGGUGAAACGCAUUGUAAGAAAAGUUCAUUUCAGAUUAAUUAUCUUAAGAAAUAUAAAAUCUGCAGCUUAGACAGUAUUCCCGUCUUGCUUUCCCCUACCGACAACAAACUACCUAUAAUAUGUAUUCACAACAGUGGUAUGUAUCGUGUGAUGAUGUAAAUUAUUAUAAAUCAUAAGUAUAAAAUAUUCCAUGGAAAAAAUUUGUGAUCAUUGGUCAGAUGAAUCGACGUGUGUGUAUAUACUGCAUCUAAAUAUUGUAUACAUAAAUUAUAUAAAUAAUAAGAAGAUAUGUGAACGUAUCAUACAGUUUAGAAUGGGACUGAUCACCCAUGAACCAUAUUCCAAUAAACUACCAUAGUAUUUCAUGAUAA